CCCACGAACGGGCCGAUCAGUUGACGCUCGCGCGCCGGACGCUUCGGACGCGUUCGGAUCCCUCCGGCUGCUUGGGCAAAGCGCUCGCUCGACGAGGCUCGCUAGCGCAACGUGCGACCGCUCUUCGCGGGCAUCCGUGCUUUCUCCGCGUGUAGGGAGCUUCGAUUCCCCUCGGAUGACUCUGUGGUUGUUUUUCGUGGAAUCUCGAGGCGUGGAGUGCGGCGAUACAGGUCGGCUUUGCGACCGCCGUCUCUUCGGAAUUGUUGGGGGAGAAAAACAAAAAAAGAAUCCCGUCUCGUUAAGGAACGUUUGAACACCAAGAGAUCGCCGAACGAGAGAGACUAGCAGCAACCUCGCUGGGCGUUUGCGAGCGUACUGUGAUGUGCCGAGACUGGUGACAGUGAUAGUUUAUUGCGUCAUUUUUGCGGUAGUGGACUUCGCUUGGAGGCGUGAAAGAAGAGAAAGCGGCACCUGUGCACAAAGGCGACGGGUAACAAGAAGUCGCAGGUACAAGAGCCGGACAUUGCCACGCUACGUCGAGCGACAAUCCAACUUCGACGGUUCAAACUCGCCUCAGACUCAGCUACUUCAUUUUAACGUCACGGGCUGCCACUCGGCCACCAGCACGCACCGCACGCCUUCGUUUUCUGGUCAGGCGGCAUGGAGCAGUAAACAGCUGAAAGCUCUCACUGGGAUUGGCUACACACUGCUUUCGUCACUCUUCAGUUUUCCGUGGUGAGGUCCGAGCCAUGGAAAAUCAAGUAAAUGCUACCAGCGGCGAGGCUGCCUCACCAAAGACGUUUUCAAUUACAACACUGAGAAGCACUACUAAAACAUCCUGAAGGUCUGUUAGACAAAUAUCUGAACGUUUUAAAGAACGACGACUACACGUCCUGGAGGAAAGCUUGCAGUACCCCACGGACCAUAUACACUAUGCCAUUGAGUCUCUGUCGCCUCUACGUUCUCCUUUGUUUGCUGGCAGUUGGCGGCUUCGGGGCUGCGUGGGCACGGAGUUCUCUGUACGAGAAAGUCCCUGGCACAUGUCGGAUGGAAAGCCAGUUUUACUUGGAGCCGCGCUUUUUCAGCCUAAUCACGUGUGCGCGCUGCUACAAGUACAUGGCCAGCCUUGCGUUCAAGAACGCAUCCAGACUCACGUACUGUCGUGGGGCCAGGCUGUGUCGGGGUGACUGUGACGGCGAGUGCUUCACGCCAUAUGGCAACAAGAGCGACGUGGAAAUCGCGGACACUUUUGCGAAGAAGCUGUACGCCGACCGGUGGGAGAGCUGUUGCCGCUCCGCUCGCCAAUGCUGCCAGGAGAUGCUCGAAGACGAGCUGGCCGAGCCGACAGACACCGAAGGCGGACUACGGUGUCCUGCAACGUGGGAUGGAUGGACGUGCUUCAAGGACACGCCCGCGGGAACGACAGUCCAGAAGCCAUGUCCUGCGCAUGCGUACUUCAUCACUGAAAAACCGCAGUGCAUAAAGACUUCGAAAAAGAUUUGCUGGGACAACGGCACAUGGUACUACAGCCAAGAGUACGGCAAGGAGUACACCUUCUAUGACUGCGGUUCACUCGAGUACCACCGCUCGAUGACCAUCUUCUCCAUCGUGCUUCAUUCCCUGUCUGUCGUCGUCCUCGUGCCGGCCAUCGUCAUCUUCUCCGUCUACAAGCAGCUGCAGGUUCACCGCAUCUCUUUGCACAAGAACUUCUGCGUCGCCAUGGUGCUCUACGACAUCAGCGUCAUCCUCGUAGACUCGGUCUUCAUCCUGGACCACGUCAACGAGGAGAAGAACAUACGCGUCAACCAGAAUCCGAGCCUGUGCAAGGUGCUCUACACCCUCUCUCGAUACUUCCGGUUGUGCCAGUACGCGUGGAUGUUCUGCGAGGGCUUCUACCUGCACAAGCUGAUCGCCUCCGCAUUCGCCGAGCAGAAGUCCCUGCUAGUCUUCUACGUCGUCGGAUGGGGUUGUCCUGCCAUCUUCGUGAGCAUCAGCGCCAUCUUGCGAGCCGUGAGGACGGGCCACCCUUGCUGGAUGGACAACGUAGAAGGAUAUAACUGGAUCACCUUGGCUCCAGGCUUGUUCUGCCUGUUCGCCAAUUUUAUUUUUCUGUGCAACAUCAUCCGCGUUCUCGUCACCAAGUUGAGAAGCACCCAUGCGAAUGAGCCAAGCCAAUUUCGGAAAGCCGUGCGAGCUGUGUUGGUGCUCUUCCCGCUGUUCGGCAUGCAUUUCCUCAUGACGGUGUACCGCAGCCCAUCCAACUGCGGCCCCUGGGAGGUCUACCAGUACAUCAGCAAGGCGUCAGAUGGCCUGCAGGGAUUUUUUGUAGCCGUCAUAUUCUGCUACUUCAACGGAGAGGUGCUGUACUUGUUGCGGCGUUCCUAUGGACGCUACCGCCUGCAGCGGGGCUUCUCAAGUCGGAGGAGCCACAGUAUGGCCAUGACUCGCAUGUCCGUGUCGACGCACGUCUCAUCGGUCGGCGAUUCACUCAAUCCCAACAACGGUUCCAUCAAGAAGUACGCGUGCACACGCAACGGCGACACCAUACUGGAGGACGAGGUCUGGAACUGACAUCGAUUCCGCCGCCACCUUCUUCUAAGCGCCUCCAAAAGGCGGCACGGUGCUACUCAGCGACAGGCGUUUCCCGUUCGCACCUCUCUUCGCUCUAUAGGUGCGAAAGAGGGGCGACAGUUUCGCCAGGACCGCCGUGUAAAAUCGAAUGCGGCUCUGGUCUAUGGCUCAGGGUGGCCGGUUUUAAACCAACUGUGAAAGCGCUCUUCGUUUACGGACGUCUCUCACGACUCCCGCGACGAACUUUCGUUGGCUGGUGAUGACGAGGCCCUCAAGAGAGGUCGACGCAAUUAAUGGGCUUCACGGUUUUGUCCCCAGGCUUACUGAGCCGAUGUCGGAGCGACACGUCGGCUUUUGUGGAGUCACGUCGAGCGAACGUUGUGCACACACGUGUGCAUGGUUUUGCCGAGUGAGCUUCGUAAAAAUGUUCAUCCUGCUGAUGCAUACUACUCGUUUCUUCUACUUCAGGCGUGGAGGCUGCAUUUGAAGGUGAUGGGACUUUUGCGUAUGGCGGACUCUACUGAAGAGGUUCCUGGAGUGAGGGUUGAUGGGUUUUGACGCCUAAACUGCAGCUGAGGCCCCAAGCAAGGUGUUCUGCGUCGCGUAGCUGAUUAUUAUUGGUGGCCCGGACUUAUGCAAGAGAAAUGGUCUGGCAGGUAUAACUGGCCCUGUUGCACUAAAAGAAACUGUUGGGCCCUAUUAAACUCACGUUCUGUGUCGCCACGAUUAUGUUCGGGGCCAUCAGUGACGCGUCGGCCGAGCAUGAGAGCAUUGUGCGGACAGGGUCCAGGGCCAUUACUCGACAAAAUUAAGCGUGGUUGUCAGGCGUUCACUUGAACUUCGAAAUAUGUCAUCGUGUGCUAUGUCUACGUCGUAUCACCUCUCCAAGAUCACAAAUGUGUACGGGUUUACCACGUUAACUACAGUGCUUCGCCGCCGUAAAGCCAGUGGUUGACCGGAACGCGGCCAGUCAGAAUUUCCAGAAGGAAGCUUCAGUGAGUGAACCUGCUCGUCAGCAUGCUUUGACACCGCCGGUAUUCGAGGAGGGAGCUACCACCAUUGUUCCCAAGAACCAAGCGUGUCAUCCUCAAGAAGCAAAUCUUUGUGAGAGCGUUAGAAGUUCAGAGCAGCUAACAUCUGUCACCGUCACCGGAUGCUGCGCUGAUUACCGCUGAUUACCGACAACUGUAAGUCUUAAUGCGUGAACCAUGUUACGUCAAAUUAUUCAUAGCAGUCUCAUGGCUUUGCUGCGGCCUGGAAGCACAGGCGAAAAAUAUACAGGAACAAUGCAAGGAAAAGGUUGACAAGCCUGUUAUCCGAAGAGAACUACAAAAAGAAUAUUAUCGGCCAUGUGUGUUGAAGUUUACGAGAACAUUGCAAUAACUCUCCUGAACUACUUAAUGAACCAUGCGCAGCCCUUCUCUUUUUAAUAUUUUCCUCCCUUUUUCCCCUUUUCCCCAGUGCAGGGUAGCCAACCAGGCUCAGUCCUGGUUAACCUUUCUACUUCUCAUUUAUUAUAGUCUCUCUCUUUCUCCAUCUUCAUCCGUUAGGUGUGUGUGUAUAUAUACCUUUAAUGCCACUUGAACAUUACUUAUAAGGCAUCACAUCAUGGGCCCUAUAACGUAAAACUAUUCCAAUAUGUUUCUAUUCCAAUCUCCUGACGUCAUAUUUGCGUAACCACCAACGCAAGCACCAGGCGGUCACCCGCAGGGUUGUCUGAACAGACCAAUCAAACGCUCUCCUCGUUCAUAGGAGGUCACUUUUGUUUGCUUGAAAAACGAAUGAUUGCCUACACUGAGCGGCUUGUCGUAUCUAAUUGGCUUACAAGAGGCGAGGAGAACGCUCAAGUGGGGAGGGAUUCGAUGGGGCCGAGCCACUGCACUGAAAGUCGAUAAGCGGAUGAAGAGGGUGGUGCCGGCGUCUACGAUUGGUCGGCUUUCCCUUACUUAGCUUGCGCUGGCUGGUCGAAAAUCGCGGCGUCAUGCAACGGAAGCUCAAGAAUGACGCUAAAACGGACCCUCAGCAAAGAAGAGUUGGCAGAAUGAGGGGGUAAACGUGGCGAAAGUGCUCGAAAACGUUACACGGCCACGCAAGAAGUUUUAUUAUACGCAAAUACACCCAUGCUCUCCGGCAGGUGCGAGUAGCCAGCGUCUGAGCGAUCGGCGGCAGCUAUCUUCUAUUCCUUUCGGAACGGGGCAGCCUGUGGCUAUUCCGAAGAAAAUUCAGUUUUGUUCGGCAUAAUAAUGCAUCUUGAUCGCGUACACGUUACUUUGACGCGGUGAAUUCUUGCGGUUUUGUGACGUCGCGUAUCAGGCAGGUAAAGUGGGUGCAGCCCGAAAACUUUUUACCAAUAGCCGAGGGCUAAUAGCGAAAAGGGGUCGAAUCAGAAAUAACUGUUUUUCUUUUUUCUGUCAAAUCAUGCAUAAUCAGUGUGUACACAUCAUAUCAGAUGGGGAGGUAUCGCGGUUUUCGUGACGUUGCGUGACAGACAGGUGAAGUGGGGGUGGUCGAAAAAGGUUUUUGACCAAUCGUGGAGCGCUGAUAGCAGAAUUGGAAUAGAAAAGUUUGGAAUAGUUUUACGUUAUAGCGCCCCAUUACAAUUUACUUUGUCACUUACAGGCCCUAACCUUAUCUGUUUUCAUGAUAUAAUAAUUUUGCAGCCCGUUUAUGUUCUGUACACCAUAGCAAAUGGAAGACGCUGAGCCCAAGUUGUUUGCCGUGCUUUGCAGCUUCUAAAGACAGCACGCAUGACCACGGGAAGUGCAUCAUCGCAGCUGCAUUUUCGACAACGACAAGUUUCUUUUUUUUUUUUUUUUUUUUUUUUUUUUUUUUGAUGCGGCCGACUCGGCCUAUCAUGAUGAAACGUAGCCGGUAGUGCUGAUCGAACUGUGGCAUCGCAUCGGAAGUGCUGCUUGGGUCAUCAAUACGAGUCUUUAGUGUACGACAAGUGUUGCGUGCAGUGUCAUGCCUGUGGCUGGCGUUCUGUUCGUGGAGCCCUCGCUGAGCCUCACGUGAUGCCGCCGAAGAACGACACAGCAACUUCCUGGCGGUAGAACGGACGCAGUCACGAGCCCUUCUGGUGGAGCAUUGCUGACAAAUUUUCAGUGACGGACUGAAAUCGACAAAAUACUCAGAAAAGACGAAAGUGGAGCUAUUUGCGAACUGACCAAAUGCUUUGUUGUAUUAGUGUUGUCACUUCAAACUCCAUGCCUCCAAGGUGCCAGCGUUCGCAAUCUAAACUGUUAUUCUGUGUUAUUUAUUACGUGUCAUCGUUCAUCGUUACAAUUUAAAGAUCAUUAAAACUCAUACUCGUUGAAGAUCA